CCUGGGCUCUCUAUUACACAGGCAACAUAGGCCAGCCCCGCCCAGUUUCGUUUCUCUGGCACCCUCCUGCUCAGUGGGACACCAGCACACUUAACCCAUCUGCUUUCUCGAAUGCACGGCAGACAUCCAGCCAGGACAGCAGUGAUAUUUCAGUUCCUGGUUGAAAACACCUCUAGACUUGAAGAUUCCCCUUAAUAGCAUCAACACCAGAGAAGGCUACAAUGUUGACCUCAGCCAAAAUUCUGUUGAUUUCAACUUUCUUUAGUUUACGACUAUCUGGAAGCCAUGGGCAAGAAGGUCUAGAAACAAACACAACACAAAGCAUUGCAGAAGGCUUGAACAAAGUGGUAAAUGAAUCUGUUCCUUUUGGAACUGAAGCAAAUUUAAACUCAGAUAAAGAAAAUAGAGAAACUGCCUAUCCCAAGGCAAAUAAUUCUUCUCCUGUGGAUCCAUCAAAUAAAAUCCACAGAAUAACACAUUCCUUCAACAAUUUAUCAGCAGACAACUUUACUGGGAGUCCAAGACACACACCCAUGUUCUCCAUCAGCCCUCCCUUGAUCCACAGCUUUGUUGCUAAAUUGCCUUGGAACUCAUCUAUAGCAGAUGAAAAUCCUCUGCCAGUCUCAGCACCUCCCAAUGCUACACGUGCCGUAUCUUCAGAAAAUUUCACUUGGUCUUCGGCCAAUGACACCAUGAAAACUCCUGACAGCAGUUCCAUUACAGUUAGCAUCCUCCCCCCAGCACCAAACACCAAGUCUGUGACCCAAAUGACGAUGGAACCAGAUGAAUGGCUCGCCCCAACCAGUGACAGCUCGGUGGGGUUUACUCCCUUUCAAGAAACAACAACUCUACAGCCCACCUUAAAAUUCACCAAUAAUUCAAAAAUCUUUCCAAAUACAUCAGACCCCCAAGAAGAGAACAGAAAUACAGGAGUAGUAUUUGGAGCCAUUUUAGGUGCUAUUCUGGGUGCUUCAUUGCUUAGUCUUGCUGGCUACUUGUUGUGUGGAAAAAAGAAAACAGAUUCAUUUUCCCAUCGGCGACUUUAUGACGACAGAAAUGAACCAGUGCUGCGAUUAGACAAUGCACCGGAACCGUAUGAUGUAAGUUUUGGGAAUUCUAGUUAUUAUAACCCAACUGUGAAUGACUCAUCCUUGCCAGCAGGCCGAGAAAAUGCACGUGAUGGCAUUCCUAUGGAUGACAUACCUUCACUUCGUACCUCAAUGUAAAACUAAGGGAAAAAGGCUUCAGACAGCAAAUGUUCGCCCACAUCCUGGCCUUUCCACAAACCCAUCUUCCAAAAGCUGAAGCAAGAUCGCUGUCAUGUGGCUUGUGCCAAGGAGAACUGUAAAAGCGUGAGACUAGUAGCAGAAACAUAAAGAGAGGAUAAAUCAUCCAAAAAGUUUCCUUCCUUACCAUUUUUGGCUGUGCUGAAGCAUCUAAUGAGUAACCUUGAUUUGUAUUUUGGUCUAUUUUUUUCUUAGUAGGAAAUGUUUGUGGAAUCAGGUAAAACUAAAUGAUUUCACCAUGAUCGCCCUGCCUGAUAAUUUAAUUUAAAAAUCCUUCAAUGAAAAUAGGGACCCAAAACUAC